AUGGAAUCAAGUAUAGGUUCGCUUGUUAAUAUCAGCUCCCUAUUAGAUUCGACUAUGCUCAGGCAUCACGAUAUGGAUACUAGCUCAACACCUACUAUGAGUGCCUCUUCUACGAUGGCAGCGCAUUCGGGUUCGCAUAGUUCUGAAUCCGCAACUUCGGGUCAUGGCCAUAUGAUGAUGAUGAAUUCGUAUCUAACCACGAGCUAUAAGCACUACCCAGUUCUCUUCAAGAAUUUAACUGCAGGCAAUGGCGGAGAGGCGUUGGGGAUAUUCUUGUUGAUAGUCGCGACCGCUUUUGCGUAUAAAUCUCUUUUAUUUGCUAGUUGGUGUUUGGAGGUCAAGUGGUUCAAGACGGUGGAUAGUACACCUGCUUCAGCGGCACCAAUACGCGGCGGUUCAGGUUUGAAAAAUGUCCAUAAUGGGGAUGCGACUGUUGGGGGGGACAAAGAAUCACAAUAUAACCGAAUAAUCCCUCCGCUGCAUCAUUUGGUGUUUGAUAUUUUUAGUCCUACAUGGAGAGACCUGGGCCAGGAUCUAAUCAGACUGCUGUUAACUGCCGCUUCUACUUUACUAGUCUACAUGUUGAUGCUUAUUGCUAUGACCUAUGUUGCAGCGUACAUAUUUGCUGUUGUUGUAGGACUUGCUCUUGCUGAGGUCUUUUUCAAUAGGGUCAAGAUCAUCCUGUUGCGCAGAUGGGACUUGAAGCGUGAGAUUGAAAGACGAAAGAAUUGUCCAGGAGGACUCAGUUGUUCUUGUGGCUUCCACGAAAAUGAUACCCGCAGCUUCCCUGAAGGUAUCACAGAGAUUGGCUCCAAUGAUCUGGACUCUGGCUCAAUUACAAAAGAUGUCUCUAUUGUUCGGAAAAAUAACGUUGCAAAUGAAAAAAGCUGCUGCUGCGGUCCUGCAGAUCCUGUGGAACAGGAGGAACGUCAUGAACGGGAGGCUACCGAGCUUUCAAAACAUCGCGAGCAGGGCGGUAGCAUGAAUGUCGACUUAAUGCCUGCUGAAAAGUUCAUGUAA